CUGCGAGUUCAAGCUGGCACUAAAGUUGCAAUAAAUCUCCGAGAAAUUUACUAAAUAUAUCGAAAUAUAAUGGAAGAAGCUGACCUUCGAUUCGAGCCGUUUCCUGCAAAGGCUCGCAGCGUCUCUGGCGCAGUCAAUGGCGUCGAGACGGAGAUUACACUCACCAACUUCUCCGACAAGAUCCUUGUCACCAUCAGCCAAGGUGGCCGUCUUUCACAAUGGGUUCAGGUGCCGUUGACUGGAUCCGCAGCUAGAGCCGUCGAUAUGAGCCUGCCUGGCGCCCCAAAGAGUCUCCUCCCAUCGACGCAUCUUACACCGACAACUCUUUUCGGUGGCGGUGGUGAUGAUAGAGAAACAGUUGGUCAACUAUACGCGGCUCAGCUUGCUAGCCAGAUUGAAAUGCGAAACGGUGACGACAAGAGAACGCUGGUAGUUGGGCUGGGGCUGGAGAGCGUCGACAAGUCACGAGAAACGUUUUUCGACUUUAUUGAGUUGGCACAACAAGUUCUUUGAAUUGGAAUGGUCGAGUUAACUUCACUAUCGUGGCAUCGGCGUUUGGGAUUUGCUGGUUUCACAGUUAUGAGCGCAUCUAUAACUUCCAAGGCUUGUACAUAUGCGUAUUGUUUGUAUAUAUUUAGAACGUAGCAACUUUCAACGGUUUAAGCUACGUAGUCGAUUCAAAGGGGAUAAUAGAAUAAUAUCUAGUAUGUUCUUCUC